AUGGACGGGGGCCACGUCGCGACGCCAGCCGCGGGAUCCGCCACCGGCAUCGCCAGAGCGGCGGAGGGCCAGCCGAGACAGCUCGUCUUGUCUCCGGUGUGUCAGGACGCGCCUGGGCGGGCGGAGGACGUGCCCCUCGAGGACCUGGUCUGCAGCUACCAGCUCUGGCGGGGACCCCCGCUCCUCCACGGGCACCGGGCCGGCCGGCCGCGGCCCACGUCCUGCGCCUCGGGGGUUCACCGCGUCUCGAUCGCGCUGCGCGUGGCGGCUGGGCGCCGGCCCGACGUCGCGGGCGUCGACCUGUCCGUGCUGCCACCCUGCGACGGCGAGUACCGGGUCAUCGUGCGGCAGCCCGAGGACAAGAGAGAGAUCCUCCCGCCCGCGUCGGAGGACUGGGAGGUCAAGUACGUCUUCCGGUGCCCGCCGAUCCCCUCCUCCGCCACCUUCCAGAAGCACACGCACACCCUCUACGUGUGGGGGGACCUGGACUUCGACAGCUACGGCGCCUCGGGCUCGUUUCCGAUCCACCCGUAUAGGAUGAACCAGAUCGUCCCGCAGGUGAUGAUCGGCAAUUGCCUGGCCCGUAGCAGCGACGGUUUUCUCCCGCAGUGGCAGGAGUUCGACUCGUGGGCGAUGCAGGCGCAGUACUACUGGCAGACGGGCGAGGGCGAGGCGACAGGGAGCCGCGCGCUGUGCGGCGAAGUCGUGCCCGUGGAAG